GACAGAGGCGGCUCGCGUUGACAGCGGUCCGUACGGAGCGAAGGACGGCGCCACAAAUAUCGUCCGUGUGGUUUUUUUCCAGGGGUUUGACGUUUCUAUUUAAAAAAAAAAGUUGACAUCUGCAAGUAUGCAGUCUGAAUCGGGAAUAGUUCCCGACUUCGAGGUUGGAGAGGAGUUUCAAGAGGAGCCUAAAACGUAUUACGAAUUGAAGAGUCAACCCUUGAAAAACAGCAGCCCGUCGGACCAGCACGGCUCCUCCAAGCCCCCGCUGAGCUCCUCCGCCAUGACAUCACGCAUCCUGUUGCGGCAGCAGCUGAUGCGGGAGCAGCUUCAGGAGCAGGAGCGGCGGGAGCAGCAGAAACAAGAGGCCUCCCAUUACCCACAAACCACGGCGGCCCAGACCCCUGCCAUCAAUGUCAGUGUCCCUGCCAGUCUACCGCCUGCUGCCCAGGUGCCAAUGGAGGUGCUCAAGGUCCAGACUCACCUGGAGAACCCGACCAAGUACCACAUCCAGCGCUCGCAGCAGCAGCAGGUGAAGCGGUACCUGGGGAAACUCGGCUCUCAGGUGUUGAGCCUUCCCUGCCACAACCAGUCCUCUGACCACGGGGGCAUGCCGCCAGGGCCGGGAAACAGCGCCCCCAACAGCCCUAUGGCCUUACUGACCCUGAACUCUAACUGCGAGAAAGAGAUGGACGAUGUCAUUGAUGACAUUAUAAGUCUGGAGUCCAGUUACAGUGAUGAUCUCCUCGGCUUGAUGGACCCAGGACUUCAGAUGGCUAACACGAUCCCUGUGAAUGCUAACAUCAUGGACAUGUAUGGUAAUCAGGGUAUGGCCCAGCAAUGUCUGCCCAUCAGCAACUCCUGCCCCGCCAACCUGCCCAACAUCAAAAGGGAAUACUCUGUUUCACAAUCCCCGGCCAUCAUGCACAUGCUGGAUAAAUCUGGAUCCUGCGGAAAAUAUGACAACUAUCAAAGGCCUGAAGGGUUCCCAGUGGAAGUUAGGGCCAUGGCAAAGGAAAGGCAGAAGAAGGAUAACCAUAAUUUGAUUGAGAGAAGACGGCGGUUUAACAUCAACGAUCGAAUCAAGGAAUUGGGAACCUUAAUUCCUAAAUCCAAUGACCCGGACAUGCGCUGGAACAAAGGCACAAUCCUGAAGGCGUCAGUGGACUACAUCAGGAGACUACAGCGGGAACAGCAGAGGGCCAAAGAGAUGGAGACUCGCCAGAAGAAGCUCGAGCAUGCUAAUCGUCAUCUGCUGUUGAGGAUACAGGAGUUGGAGAUGCAGGCGCGGGCUCACGGUCUGGUCAUCACCUCUUCGGCACUCUGCUCGUCUGAACUGGCGGCCCGGUCCAUUAAGCAGGAGCACUCUCUGGAGGACUGUCGCCAGGAGCUGUACACCCUCCACUCCAACCACCAACUCCUACCGGACUGCACUCCAGAACCGCCCGGCACCCUGGAGCUGAACGAAGGCCACUCCAACUACCCAGAGGGUCACUACAGCGUUCACAGCAAGCUGGGCUCCAAACUCAACGACAUCCUCAUGGAAGACACCUUGUCACCGGUGAGAGGGGGGGACCCUUUGCUCUCGUCCGCCUCCCCAGACACCUCCAAGGACAGCAGCCGUAAGAGCAGUGUGAGCAUGGAUGAGAAUGAUCAGGUCUGUUAGCACCCCCUACUGGAGGACACUGCAUCUCCAACCUUCUCCACCCCGCUGCAAGUGUUGCCGUCUGCAGCUUACACAAUCCCCGCUGCUGGAGACGCUUUUUAUCCUGUGUGUGUCAUUUGUUUGUUGUUUUCUCCCCCAACAGUGUUUACAUGUUUUGAAUCUUUUCCAUUUAUUUUUUUUGUUAGUUUUUUUGUGAUAUCUUUGUCUUUUCAAGCCCUCAACCUUGAUUUCAAAGAAUGAUUAUUAAGUACUUUUGCUUUAAUCAAAACUUUGAUGACAAUGAGUUACAAAAAUAGAAGUUUUUAUAUUUAAAAAAAUAUAUAUAUGCAUUCAUCUUUGAAUAGAGGCUAGAUUGUGUUUAUUUCUAUUGAUUCCAAAGAAUCUACGGAAGUUUAAAUCAUGGUCAGAAGUGUAGAUAUUUUGUCUUGAGAUGAACACUGCUUUUUAAAUCACUAGCAAUAAUAGAAGAAAACUAUUUAUUACUAUAGUGCUUUACACUCCUCGUGUCUUAGAUUGAACUUGAAUGUGCCAAGGCCUUAUUAAGAUGUAUAUGCAUCGAUGUUGUAUUGCUAUGCACAUUUUUUGGCUGUUAGCUGAGUCUUUGUCAGUCUUCCAGUUGAAAUUUCUUCCUUGAGAAUUAUAUAAAAUAAUAAUCAUUUGUAGAUUUUAUCUUAUUUAUGUAUCUAUGUAAACAGGACUUUAUGUAAACAUUCCCCUUAAAAAAACAUUUAUAACAAGGCAUUUGAAGAGCCAUUUUUAAAUAAGUGAGAUAAUAAUAAAUAAAAGCUCACUCAUGAGCAAGAAGCAGCACAACAUCCAGUAACUCUAUUUUUAUCACACUGUUGCAUCCUUUAACUACCAGAGACUGCUCAGCAGGAUGUGCCAGAUAUUUCUAAAAUAUACAUUCCUCACUGCCAAAACCACUGAUACUGCUUUUACUUCCGACAUGUGUUGAUGGAAGUGCUGAGUUCUUUUAACUGUCCCUCCAUUUGCUAAAUUAUUGUUAUUUUACACCACUGUGGAGACAUUUCACCACUUUUUUUUUUCCAUGAUGUGAACAUUUAUAUUGCCAAGGAGUAUAAGGAGACUUUGGGAUUUUGUAUGAAAUGCAUGUCAGAAACACUGGAAUGACCUCUGUAAUUUAAAACAUGGUUUGUUCACAUUUUUUUUUUAAAUCUAAGCUUGGAUUAACUAUUGUAUUUGGCUUUUCAAAUGCAUACAGAGUAUUGUAUGAGAUUGUAGGUUCUUUAUGGUGUAUGGUUAUUGUACAUUUCCGCAGUUUGUGUUCAACAGUUGUAGCACAUUGCAUAGGUAAGCCUUUGUUUAUACUUUACUGCCAUUACUGUUACAGCACAGCCUCCAUUUUUGUUCAACUAUGCAAUUAUUGAAGUUGUGCCUGCAGAAUAGCAUCAUGUCUCAACAAUGUGAUCUCCUUAUGAAGUAGUCUGAAACAAUGUCGAUGUAGUUCUCUUUUUUAAUUGAUUUAAGUGCCUUACAGUCAUUUCUGUUACCCUGGUGUUGAGGAGUUGUAGACAGUGAUGCAAAACGUUGUUGAUGUUAAUACUGCUGUUUGGUGCUUUAUGAAUUAACUGAAGAGUGCCAAAGUGUUUUAGAAAGCAGUAGGAAAGGCGGGUUUGUCAGUACAAGGAAACUCAAGAAGCCUCUCAAAGAUGUCACGAUGGAACCCCAAAGUGUUCAGUACUGAAAAGAAAAAGGCAUUAAGAAAUAAAUUAUUAUAACAGUUUAUAUAAUCAAGUAAAUCAAUGAAUCCUUAAGUAAUUUAAUAAAUUAUUAUAACUAAUCAAUGUUAAAUGUUAUUUCAUCAUUAUUAUUUUCAUAUUAAAAGUGUUUUAUUUAUUUGUUUUAAAAGUGUUUAUUUUUUCUUCUGUACAGUUUUUUUUAUUUCCCUUUGUUAAAAGUUAGUUUUGACUUAUAACGGCGUUUCUCUCAAUGACAUUUUUAUUUCAAAAUCAGCACUCCUGUCUUUCUUUAAGCAUGUGAAACAACCCCUUAACUCUCGAGCCAAUCGCUCAAUACUCCAUACAGCCUUAACAGCCACAACAUUUUACCAGCUAGCUGCUGUUAGCUAGAGCAAUAGAUACGCCAAAACUAAUACUGUUCGCUGCUGCAGCAAACACACACACACACACACACACACACACACACACACACACACACACACACACACACACACACACACACACACACACACACACACACACACACACACACCAAACUACUAACUAUUAUUUAGCACAACAUGGCUACAAAUGCUACCCAGCUAACUAGCUAGGUUGGUUUGUAAAUCUGGAAUAGGCCUAUAGAGCCUGUGCUAACAGUAUUAGCUUACUCAUUAAUUCAGGGUUAUCUUAACACGUCUUUUAAAUGAUUCUUUAUAAAAACACACGUACUUUGUAUAGAGGAAGAGCACAAUGUCAUGAAAUGUUACAAUUUGAAAUAAAAAAGUGUAGUGUAAAAUAAGUAAAAGUGUAAAAUAAAUGUUGUUGAAACAACAUUUGACAGUAGUGACUUGAAUUUUGACAAGUUAUACAUUAUUAUUAAUAUACUGGUUUGGGAAUGGCGAUGUCAGUCAGCCCAGCACGUUGGUAGUUUAUAUAACUGGAUGAUACAUUUUGUAGAGAUAAUAUUGGUGGUGCCCAGUGGAAUAAUCCUAAAUAUUUUGGUGAUUCCACCAUUGCCACCAACAGGUUGACACUUUUCGCUUUGGGUGAAAUGUCUUAAUUUCUGACCCCUAAAUUAUUUUUAAUAUUGAACACAUUGGGGCUCCACACUGAGGGCGGUGUUUCCAAAGUUGUACUGAAUAAUCAGCAUGCUUUUCAGACUAGUAUGAUUGUAGAUCUAAGUGAUGACUGCCAAAAUGUGUUACCAAAAUGAUAUAUAAGAUGUGUUUAUGUAUAGCAGUUUUUUAACAGCGUAGCUAACGCACCUGUUAGUGGUGUUUCUGUUCUGUAGUUACAAGCAAUAUAAACAUGAUAGCAAUCAGCAUAUGAGUUAACUAACAGGUGAAGUACAUUGUGAAAGUCAAUGCCUGGCCUUGGAAACAUUAAUUUGACACAAAAAAGAGAGCGAACUGAAGACGUCAUGGGUGAAUUGAAGCUUUAGAGGACUGCAAAAUGGCCUUUAUGGUAACACCAAUGCCAGCUACUGAGCCUUAACAGUGCAACACACACUGGCCUUUAACAUUGCCAUUUGACUGAACCCAGAUCAGUCUUUUUUAAUGGAAAAGAUAAAUCAUCUAAACCCUGAAAUGUGACAGGUUACAAAGAACGUCAGCGUUGCAUGUGACGGUGGUGGCACUUCAUUUAAAGCCGUCACUACGACUGACUUGAUUGACUCUGCCUGUUGUAAAUUAUUAUGGCACAUUUCGGGUGAACCACCAAUGAAGAACCAUGUUAACUCAAUUUAGACUUCCUCCACUGAUUCUCAUUCCUGUGGUUCACACAGACAACGUUCUCUGCUGAUGUUGCUACUGUUCUUAUUGUCACAGUUUAGAUGAGAUGAAUGUAGCAAUAGUUACUGUAAGCACUGGUUUCAGAUCAGUGAACUCAAACUCAUUGGUACUCAAUGUUGAAAUUAUCUUGUGACAAAUAUUAAAAGUUUCCUUUGAAUGUU